GAGGGGGAGGGGGCGCCGCGCUGCCGCCGCCGCUGAGGGGAGCCAGGAGGGGAGCCGCAGCCCGCCGGCCCGCAGCAGGGGCCCCGAGGGAUGGUGUCCGCCGCCGCGAGGGGAGGCAGCUCCUGGCACUAGGGCACAGGCCGGGGCGCGGGGGGGCCGGCGCGGCGCAGCAUGGUCCGGGAAACCAGGCACCUCUGGGUGGGCAACUUACCGGAGAACGUGCGCGAGGAGAAGAUCAUCGAGCACUUCAAGCGAUAUGGACGUGUCGAAAGUGUCAAAAUUCUCCCCAAAAGGGGGUCAGAAGGUGGAGUGGCGGCCUUUGUGGAUUUUGUGGACAUCAAAAGUGCACAGAAGGCACACAACUCUGUCAACAAAAUGGGAGAUAGAGACCUACGGACGGAUUAUAAUGAACCAGGAACCAUUCCGAGUGCUGCUCGGGGAUUGGAUGAUACAGUUUCCAUAGCAUCCCGUAGUAGAGAGGUUUCUGGGUUCAGAGGAGGUGGGGGGGGCCCCACUUAUGGCCCCCCACCAUCACUUCAUGCACGGGAAGGACGUUAUGAGCGGAGACUUGAUGGGGCUUCAGAUAACAGGGAGCGUGCUUAUGAACAUAGUGCCUAUGGACACCAUGAACGGGGGACGGGAGGAUUUGAUCGGACAAGACAUUACGAUCAGGAUUACUAUAGAGACCCUCGAGAGCGGACAUUACAACAUGGGCUCUAUUAUACUUCCCGGAGUCGAAGUCCAAACCGUUUUGAUGCUCAUGACCCCCGUUAUGAACCUAGGGCCCGGGAGCAGUUUACAUUGCCCAGUGUGGUACACAGGGAUAUCUACAGGGAUGAUAUUACGCGGGAGGUACGAGGCAGAAGGCCAGAACGGAAUUACCAGCACAGCAGGAGUCGGUCACCACAUUCGUCCCAGUCUAGGACUCAGUCUCCCCAGAGGCUGGCUAGCCAAGCAUCUAGACCCACAAGGUCCCCUAGUGGCAGCGGCUCUAGGAGUAGAUCGUCAAGUAGUGAUUCAAUCAGCAGCAGCAGUAGUACCAGCAGCGACAGCAGUGACUCCAGCAGCAGCUCCAGUGACGAGUCUCCAGCACGAUCAGUUCAGUCUACAGCAGUUCCAGCACCCACAUCCCAGCUGCUUCCAUCUCUGGAGAAAGAUGAGCCCCGUAAAAGUUUUGGGAUCAAGGUUCAAAAUCUUCCAGUGCGCUCAACAGAUACAAGCCUUAAGGAUGGACUUUUCCAUGAGUUCAAGAAAUAUGGAAAGGUGACAUCAGUGCAGAUUCAUGGGGCCUCCGAGGAGCGGUAUGGACUGGUGUUCUUCCGACAACAGGAGGAUCAGGAAAAAGCACUGAAUGCAUCAAAAGGAAAAUUAUUCUUUGGAAUGCAGAUUGAAGUGACAGCCUGGAUAGGACCAGAAACGGAAAGUGAGAAUGAGUUUCGCCCUUUGGAUGAAAGGAUAGAUGAAUUUCACCCGAAAGCAACAAGAACUCUUUUCAUUGGUAACCUUGAAAAAACAACCACUUAUCAUGAUCUUCGCAACAUCUUUCAGCGCUUUGGAGGGAUAGUGGAUAUUGACAUUAAGAAAGUGAAUGGAGUUCCUCAGUAUGCAUUCCUGCAGUACUGUGAUAUUGCAAGUGUAUGUAAAGCAAUUAAGAAGAUGGAUGGGGAAUACCUUGGAAAUAACCGUCUCAAGCUGGGUUUUGGAAAGAGCAUGCCUACAAACUGCGUGUGGUUAGAUGGUCUUUCUACAAACGUAACGGAUCAGUAUUUAACUCGACAUUUCUGCCGAUACGGGCCUGUGGUAAAGGUGGUGUUUGACCGCUUAAAAGGCAUGGCCCUGGUUCUCUACAAUGAAAUUGAAUAUGCACAAGCAGCUGUAAAAGAGACCAAGGGGAGGAAAAUCGGUGGGAAUAAAAUUAAGGUGGAUUUUGCAAACCGAGAGAGUCAAUUGGCAUUUUAUCAUUCCAUGGAGAAAACGGGUCAAGAUAUCAGAGACUUCUAUGAAAUGCUAGCAGAAAGAAGAGAUGAAAGAAGAGGAUCUUAUGAAUAUGCGCCUGACCGUACUUACUAUGAGACUGUUAGAACUCCAGGGACGUAUCCUGAAGAUCCUAGGAGAGAAUAUCCUGCACGAAGCAGAGAAUUUUAUGCAGAAUGGGAUCCUUAUCAAGGAGACUACUAUGACCCACGAUAUUAUGACGAUCCACGUGAAUACAGGGAUUACAGAGGAGAUCCUUAUGAACAAGAUAUAAGGGAAUACAGUUAUAGACAACGAGAGAGAGAGAGGGAAAGAGAACGAUUUGAAUCAGAUCGGGACAGAGAUCAUGAAAGGAGGCCAAUUGAACGCAGUCAAAGUCCAGCUCACUCCAGACGGCCACAGAGCCCUGGAGCGUCUCCCUCGCAAUCAGAAAGGCUUCAGAGUGAUUCUGAAAGGAGGAUCUACAGCAGGUCUUCAGAUCGGAGUGGGAGCUGCAGCUCACUUUCUCCUCCAAGGUAUGACAAACUUGACAAGACGCGUGUAGAGCGUUACGCAAAAAAUGAGAAAAAUGAUAAAGAACGUGCUUUUGACCAAGAGAGAAUAGACAAAGACAAACGUUUGAUGAGGAAAGAGAAGCCAGAAAAACUAGAAAAGGAUAAAACUGAUAAGCAGAAACGAAAAGCAAAAAUUCAUUCACCAAGCUCUCAGUCUUCUGAAACAGACCAAGAAAAUGAGAGAGAACCCAGCCCUGAAAAAUUAAAGGGCAAUAGUAAACAGAGUAAAGAGAGAGCUGACAAAGAAGGGACAGCCAAAAACCGCCUGGAACUAAUGCCAUGUGUGGUGCUGACUCGAGUAAAAGAAAAGGAAGGGAAAGUUAUUGAUCAGCCUACCUUGGAGAAACUGAGAGCAAAGCUUGAUAAUGACACUAUUAAAUCGCCACUUCUUGAACAAAAAGUCCAGACAUCUCAAAUUGAGCAAACAAAAUCUGACCAGUCUAAACUGGAACCUGUUAGAACUAAGGUGCCAAAAGAGAAGGUACUUGCCAGUCAUGUAGAAGUAGUUGAUAAAGAGGGAAAAUUGAAGUCCAAGAAACACUUGAAGACAGAGCAGACUACAGAAGGGGCAAACGCAGUAGAUCUUGACAAGUUAGAGGCUCGUAAAAGACGUUUUGCUGAUGCAAACUUGAAACCUGACAGGCAAAAACUGGAAGUUAAAAGAAGCAGCCAAGAUGAGGAAGAUGCUGCACGCAUGGUCUUGAAAAAGCAACUUGAUGUGACAACUUCAUCUAGAGAAGUUACAGUGUUACGGGAAGGAGAAUUGGAAAGAAAGCCCUUGAGGAAAGAGAUGCUUAAAAGGGAAUCUAAAAAAAUUAAACUGGAAAGACUUAUUACUGUUACCAGCCCCAAAGAUACACAGGAGCCUGCUAAUGUUUCCGUUGGGAUUGGCUUGCGUCCCAGUUUAGAACUGCAGCCUCGGCUAGGAGAGCCUGUUGAUGAACCAGUGGAAACUCAAGAAAUCCUUUCUAAAAAACUUAAUCCAGUAAAACCACAGCACAAACAAAUGCAGCUGUUGGAUGAUCAAGGAACAGAGAGAGAGGACAUGAAGAAACAUUUCUGUGGUCUUCCUGACGAGAUUCCUGACCAUAAACUUGGCCAUGAGAAACCUCAGUCAGCUGAUACAGAAGAGAAAAUUGGUAUUGACAUUGAUUACACACAAAGUUAUAGAAAACAAAUGGAGCAAAGUCGCAGAUUAAAACAGCAGAUGGAAAUGGAGAUAGCAAAGUCUGAGAAGUUUGGCAGUCCAAAAAAAGAAGUAGAUGAAUAUGAAAGGCGUAGCCUGGUUCAUGAGGUGGGCAAACCCCCACAAGAUGUCACAGAUGACUCUCCACCAAGUAAAAAGAAAAAGACUGACCAUUUUGAUUUUGAAAUUAGCACUAAAAGAGAGAGGAACUACAGAAGCUCUCGCCAGGUGAGUGAAGAUUCUGAAAGGACUGCCUGUUCACCUAGUAUCAGACACUUUCCUUUUCAGGAGGAUGAUGACACACUAGAUUCCCCAAGGCUCAUUCCAUUAAAAGAAACCAAAGAAUCACCUAAAAUAGAAGAAAAGGGUCUUUCAUAUUCCAAUAUGACUGUGAGGGAGGAAUCCCUAAAAUUUAAUCCCUACGAUUCCAGCAGAAGGGAGCAGAUGGCAGAAAUGGCCAAAAUAAAGCUAUCGGUACUUAGUUCUGAAGAUGAAUCAAAUCGAUGGGAAUCUCAAGUGAAACAAGAGCCUGGCAGAGUUGAUAUUAGCUUCCCAAGUAGUAUAGUUAAAAGAGACAGCAUACGAAAGCGGUCUGUACGGGACCUGGAACCAGGGGAGGUACCUUCAGAUUCUGAUGAUGACAAUGAAAAUAAACCCCACUCUCCUAAAGCCUCAUCGUUAUUAGAGAGUUCCAGGUUAUCUUUUUUAUUAAGGGACCGAGAAAGAGAGGAAAGGCUGUCAACGUCUUUAGAAAGAAACAAAUUUUACUCCUUUGCAUUGGAUAAGACAAUCACACCAGACACAAAAGCCUUGCUUGAAAGAGCUAAAUCUCUCUCUUCAUCUAGAGAAGAAAACUGGUCUUUUCUGGAUUGGGACUCAAGAUUUGCUAGUUUUAGAAACAAUAAAGACAAAGAGAAAGUUGACUCUGCUCCAAGACCUAUUCCAUCUUGGUAUAUGAAAAAGAAAAAAAUUAGGACCGAUUCAGAAGGAAAACUAGAUGAUAAGAAAGAGGAUCAUAAAGAGGAGGAGCAAGAGAGACAGGAAUUGUUUGCUUCUCGAUUUUUACAUAGCUCAAUCUUUGAACAAGAUUCUAAACGUCUACAGCAUUUAGAAAGAAAAGAUGAUGACCUGGACUUCAUUUCUGGUCGAAUAUAUGGGAGACAGACUUCUUCUGAUGGGAGUAACAGUGCAUCUGAGUUGGUGCAAGAACCGGUUGUUCUUUUUCACAGUAGAUUUAUUGAGCUAACCCGAAUGCAGCAAAAAGAAAAAGAGAGAGAUCAAAAACCAAAAGAAGCGGAAAAGCAGGAAGACAAAGAAAAUCGGCCUAAGACACCAGAAACUGUUCCUGAUAAUAAAGAACCAGAACAUAAAUCAUCAUUUAUUGGGCCUUCUUCAGUCACAGUUGUACCUCAAGAAUCAGCACAAGUCAUAUCUGAGAAGGUAGCAAAUGAAAAAAUAGUAGUGGAUAUAACUUCUGCAAGAGAAGAAAGGCCAUCUGAACUUGCUUCUACAACAGAAGAACCAAAACCUCUUCCUGAACUUGUUGCUCCUGUCAAAGUAGAACCACCUGAGCAACUUGAACUGCCUCCAGUAAUAGAAGUCAAUAAAGAUGUCAUUCCUGCAACUCUGGCUUCUGAGGAAGACUCAAUAUCAACAGAGCAUCCUUCAUACUUGGAUACAAAGCCGCCUACACCGGGAGCUUCAUUUUCACAAACAGACAUCAAUGUAGAUCCAGAACCUGACAACACACACUUGAUUCCACCACUUCCCAAAUUGGUUCAGAAGUCUGAUGAAUCUAGCAAACCUAAAGAGGAAAAUGCCCUACCUGCUGCUAACACCGAUCCUAAUGCAAGUCAGAAAGCAGAGGUAGUUUCUGAGAUUCCGCCGCCUGUUUCUGACAAUGACAUGGAAGUCGAACCCCCGGUUGUUGUAAAAGAUAAAAAAUCAUACAAAAAUAAACGUUCCAAGACUCCUGUUCAGUCGGCCACAACAAAUAUCACAGAGAAACCUGUCACAAGGAAGAGUGAAAGGAUUGACCGUGAAAAACUUAAAAGAUCAAGCUCUCCUCGUGGAGAAGCACAGAAACUUUUAGAAUUGAAAGUAGAAGCAGAAAAAGUGUCAAGAAAUGCUGCUAAAUCUCCUAGUGCUGCAACAGAGCCAGAAAACAUAGAGCUAAGUUUGCCAGUAGGUCGAACUAGACGCAGAAAUGUAAGAUCCGUUUAUGCUACCACAGGAGACAAUGAAGGCCCAUCUCCAGUGAAGGAUCCGGCAGAGGUAACUCGGUCUACCAGAAAAAGAGGAGAAAAGGAACCGCAGGAGACUGUAACAACUGUUCCUACCACACCAAGAAGAGGAAGGCCUCCAAAAUCACGCCGUAAGCCUGAGGAAGAAAUCUCUCCUAUUAAGACAGAACCGGUACAGCAAGAGGCAGAAGAGACUGAGACUAAAGAAACAGUGGAAACCCCUAAACCUGCAGAGGGAUGGAGAUCUCCUAGAUCCCAAAAACUAACACAUGGUCAUUCAUUAGCUGCAAGCAGUCAGCAGGGGAAAAAAGGGAAAAAUGAACCGAAGGCAAAUAUCGCUGUAGAAUCUGAAGAGGCCACUGAAACAGCUGGUCAAGAACAAAAUAUUAGUGAGAACAGCAAUAAAUUAAAAACUACAGACAAAGAAGCAGCAGCAAGCGAACAGAAACGUGACAGAAAAGAACUUGAUGUGGACAAAAAUCUUCCAGAAACCCCCACAGUUGAGAUUGUAGAGAAAAAAAAUGCCCCAGAAAAAGCUACUAAAUCCAAACGAGGAAGAUCUAGAAAUGCCAAGACUGUUGUAGAUAAAGCAUCCUUGUGUCUGAAAAAUGUGGAAAUACGUCUCAAUGUUGAUGAAGUCAAAGGUGCCCUGCGACCAAGUGAAGAGGAAGCAGAGCCUGUGGCAAUAUCACCAGCAAAAAUCAAAAGCCCACAAAAAGAGGACAAUUUGUCACCCCAUUUUGUAAAGAAUGAGCCAGAAGAUCCAUUCCAGGAAACAGAAAAAGAAAUUAUGCAUGAAUCAAACCGAUCACCGGAAGCUGCCCAGUUAGCAAAGCAGAUUGAACUUGAACAGGCUGUGGAGAACAUUGCAAAGCUCACUGAAACACCGUCAGUUGCUGCUUACAAAGAACAAGCAGCUGACGUGUCCGAAGUUCGUCAGGAGGAGGAGGGAGACAAACCUGCACAUCAGGCUAGUGAAACAGAACUGGCAGCAGCUAUUGGAUCCAUCAUAAAUGAUAUUUCUGGAGAAACAGAAAGCUUUCCUGCUCCUCCAACUUAUCCUGCUGCUGAAUCGGAAUCUGAGAUACCUGCAGAACCAGUGGUGUUACCAUCCCCUAGGGAAGAAAUGGAGCCUGAAACUGAUCAAGCAGUUAACAAUAUCUUGGAAACAGAUGCUGCUGUUGGACCCUCUGUGCAACAAGUAACUGGCACUACCCCAUCAACAGUAGAGGCAGAAAAUAAGGAGGCUGAAGUGAGCUUCAGUGAAUCUUCAAAUUCUGCACAGGAAGCUGAAACUUUACAGGAAACGGAAGUUUCUCGGAAGGAAAAAGGCCGCCAAAAGACCACCCGGCAAAGACGUAAACGGAGCAUGAGCAAGAAAGGGGAUACCGCCGAAGUUAGUGCUUUUGAGCCUGAAAGGGUACAAAGUAAGUCUCCUAAUGCCAAUGAAGUUAAAGCAAAACCGGAAGAAACCUUGAAAGAUGAAAAGCAAAAUAAAAACUCUGUUCAGGUUUCUACUGAAUUGAAUAUUACUGAUGCAAGCAAGGCUGCAACCACUGAGAGAAUUUCUCAUGAAGCUGUUUCUGAGAGCAACGUCCCUCCUAAAGCUCCUGCUCCUCUGGACCUACCUUCCCAGCCUGUUCCUGUGGAUGAUGUGAGCCAAACUGGUUUCAAGCUACGGUCAGCUAUUGAAAAUGCCCCCGUUACUCCACCAAGUGCUCCAAAUAUUACCGUUCCUUCAGUUCCUUCUGCAACUGCAGCAAAAUUACCCACCCCUGCACCAGCUGGGAUAGUCCCCCUCCAUUCGUGCACCACCAACGUGACAGAAUGGAUUGUAAGACACGAUGACACCCGUGCUCGUUCCACCCCACCACCAGCUCUUCCCCCUGAUACUAAAGCAUCUGAUAUUGAUACAAACUCCAGUACUCUGAGGAAGAUACUUAUGGAGCCCAAAUAUGUUUCAGCAAGUAGCCUUGCUACUACGCAUGUCACAACUUCUGUUGCUGAGCCAGUUAGUGCACCUCGUUUGGAGGAGGCACCUCCUCAUCCUCCAGUAGAGGCCAUAAAACCAGUGUCAGAGGAAAAACCAGCCGUUCCUAUCACUAAUUCUUUGGAUCCCCCAGUAGCAGAGGCGCCAGUUUUCAGUGAGAAAGAAAAAAUAAGUACAGUUAUUGCCCCCAAAGCUACUUCUGUUAUAAGCAGAAUGCCCCAUAGCGUUGAUCUAGAGGAAACUCCAAGGAUAACAUUGAUGAAGCAAGUCCCCCAAACCCAGACAUGUUUAGUUAAUGCUCCUUCACCAAAAUACAAGCAGAAACCUAGCACAAAUGAUAACAGCAGGUUUCAUCCAGGAUCUAUGUCUGUUAUUGAAGAUAGGCCAGUGGAAACUGGAUCCAGCCCAGGUCUGCGAGUAAACACUUCAGAGGGUGUUGUACUUUUGAGUUACUCAGGACAGAAAACAGAGGGCCCUCAACGAAUUAGUGCAAAGAUCAGUCAGAUUCCCCCAGCAAGUGCUGUUGAUAUAGAGUUUCAGCAGUCUGUGUCCAAGUCACAAAUUAAACAAGAACCUAUUACUCCAUCGCAACCAGCACCGAAAGGUUCUCAAACUCCCACAGGAUAUGGGACUGUGUCCACCCAUUCUUUGGUACUAGGAACCCAACCUUACAAUACAUCACCUGUGAUCUCCUCCGUUAAACAAGAACGCACUACCUUAGAGAAAUCUGAAUCAAGCCACCUUUCUGUCCAAACUCCUGCUUCUCAGUCAGGGUCUGUUAAAGUCCUCUCCCAGACUGUAAACACUCCACCUGUACUAGUUCACAACCAGAUGGUACUCUCUCAAAGUGUUGCUUCCGCCAACAAAAAACUUCCUGAUCUGACUGCUCUGAAAGUGGAGACUAAGGCUCUUCAGCCAUCAAACUUGAGCCCUGGGGUCAGUCCUCAUCACCCUUCCCUGUCUGGUAAAAUGCAUUCAGAAGCAAAUCAUGUCAGCUCAGGACCCAACACCCCAACAGAUCGUGCUAUUUCUCAUUUGGGGGUUACAAAACAGGAGCCACAUUCCCCACGUACAAGUGGGCAUUCUCCCUCUCCAUUUCCAAGGGCUUGUCAUCCUGGCAGUACCUCAUCUCCAGCUUUAUCUAGUAACACCUCUGUCAUGCUGGCUCCAGGAAUUCCUGUGCCUCAAUACAUCUCCAGUAUGCAUCCUGAGCAGUCUGUUAUAAUGCCCCCUCAUAGUGUAACACAGACUGUAUCCCUUGGCCAUCUUUCUCAAGGUGAAGUGAGAAUGAAUACCCCUCCUUUGCCUGGUAUCCCCUAUGGCAUUCGCCCAGAAGCGCUCCACUCUCCCAGAGCAGCUCUACAACCUCAGAUAGAAAUUAGACCUCAGAGAUCCAGCACACCUCAGCCAGCUCCAAUAAGAGACAUAGUCAUGCCUCCGUUAUCGUCUCAGCAUCCCCCAGAAGAUGAGAUGCAUUACCAUCAUACUGUGUGUAGAGGGUCAGCCCCUGUACAGUCCGACGUGUUAGUAAUGCAGACAGAUUAUCGCAUGCAUGCUACGGGUAUAAGACUCGACCAGUACAAUGUGCCUCGAGAUGUGAGGAUGAUGAUGCACCCACACUUGGCAGCAGUGGGCGACCACCACCCCGAAACUAGACAAUCCAGAACACCAGAAGGGUCUGUGAAAACUCCCCCAGUCAGCAAGACUCCACAACCGGGAAAAGAGGCGCCCAAGUCUUCUGAAGUCAAAAUGGCGCACUCUCCCCACAGUGAGCCCCGGCUCCUCAGCGUCCCUCCCAGCAGCCAGCUUCCUGGACUGCCUUUGACACAGCCUGUGGUUGUACCUCAUGGAGUACAGAUCAUGCAUCCUGCAGGGAGUUCCUUUCAUGAUUAUAGAUCUGUGUAUGGUGACAUGAGAAAUUACCAUACAGCAGCCCAGCUUGGUCAUCCUCAGUUCCCUGGAGCAUCGCCAAUUGGUCUACCUUCCAGGAGUAUGACCCCAUCUCAGGGUCUGCCAGAAGGUGAACACUCACAUCCCAGUCAGCCGGUGCGCAGCAAAACUCCUCAGAUUUCCCAGGACUCCAAGGGGUCACAGGCAGCAGGACCUGAACAAACCCACCACGCCACUGUAAAUAGGCAUGCAGCACAGAUAGACCCUCAUGUACAUCUUCAGAGGGCACAGGCAGAUACGGGCCAAACUUCCUAUCCUUCCCCUGUUGCCAUUUCAAUGAAACAGGAGCUUCCAUCACCACACCAGCCUCAGGCAGUUCAGAAGCAAUCUUUAUUUAUCUCUACAACUUCAGGCCCUGGGGCCCCACCGGGGCUGGCAUUGUCCCGCUCGGAACCUCAGUCUGCUCUAAUACAAGAUCCAUCUCCUCACUCUGUUUCUCAGAGACCUGUGGAUAUGGUUCAGCUCCUAACAAAAUACCCAAUCGUCUGGCAGGGCCUUUUGGCUCUAAAGAAUGACACAGCCGCAGUUCAGCUCCACUUUGUCUCUGGUAACAACGUCUUGGCGCACCGGUCCCUACCAGCACCUGAAGGAGGACCUCCCCUACGAAUUGCUCAGCGCAUGCGACUGGAGGCUUCGCAGUUGGAGGGUGUGGCACGCAGAAUGAUGGUGGAGAGUGAUUACUGCCUUUUACUGGCCUUGCCUUGUGGACGAGACCAGGAAGAUGUAGUGAAUCAGACUGAGUCACUUAAGGCUGCAUUCAUCAGCUACCUGCAGGCUAAACAAGCUGCAGGAAUCAUCAAUGUUCCCAACCCAGGCUCUAAUCAGCCUGCCUAUGUUCUGCAGAUAUUCCCACCCUGCGAAUUCUCUGAAAGCCACCUGUCCCGUCUAGCUCCAGACCUCCUAGCCAGCAUCUCCAACAUCUCUCCUCACCUCAUGAUUGUCAUCGCAUCGGUAUGAGCUGUUUGUUGGUUACUGACUUUUCCAAGGCCCUGCAGCAAAAAAAAGAGAAAAAUUAAUGACACAAGAAAAUGCUGCCAGACUACCAGCCUCCUGCCCUAACCGGCCUCGAUCAAACUGUUGCUGGGUAGUGGUUCUGCUACCUUGUAUGUUUACAUAUUGCUUUAGGUUAUGGACAACUGAUGCACUCAACAGGCGGACUGGUAUUGGGUUUCUGUGCCUCCUUUUGGGGAAAAUAAAGGAUGGCUAUAUUUUUUAUCAAAAAAGAAAAGAAAAAAAAAAAAAAAAGAACCUGAACUGCCUUUGCACUAAAUUAGUGACUUGGACCUUUGCACAGUUGAAGACAUGCUGUGACGUUAUGGAUGUCUUGGCACACAUUAACAUGCGUUGUGGACUAAACGCAGGACCUGGGAACUUCUGCUGAAAUCUGUGGGUCAAGGAUCAUUUCACACUUUUUUUUUAUUUUUUUUUUUUCCUGGAUGUGACCCUUCCUCUCCUCCACUUUCCUCUGCUGCAGUCAUCUUCUCUUCAUCUGGGAUGUACAGUUUACACUGAAAAAAAAUAAAACAAAGGGAGAGCUAUUUUCCUUCCUGGUGGGAUAUGCAGAACUGAGUGGGCGUGUGUGUAUAUAUAAAUAUAUAUAUAUAAUAUAUAUAAAUAUAUAUAAUACUGACUUUAAAAAAAUCAAAUCCCCACAACAUACAUUUUUUUUUAAUCUGUGCCAAAAAUGUGUUUUCAGAGAAAAUCUUAUUUUCAUACUCAGACUUUGUAUUGUCACUCAUUUGUAAGUGCGCUUCAUUUAAACAUUACCUUCCCUUGUCCCUUGUCUCACAAUAUGUGGAAGUGUUAUACACUUGUACAAAGACUUGUUACCCUCCUUCCUUCUUCUCGCCUACCCUAACACUUAUUAAUUUAUGGAACUGUUUUCUCAGCGCAGUUUUGUUUUGUGUGUCCAUUGGAUUACAAACUUUAUUAAAAAAUACAAAACACGUCGAGCCUGGAUGUGAUCCAUCAGUUGCUCCGGAGGGGGAGAGAGAACACAAGGAGAUUGAGUUUGGCCAACAUUACUAAUAAGCCACAUCCCCUACAGUGGAUAUUGGCUGUUUCCCGUGUGUUUGUACAUAGGAGCUUUGUUUUAUUUUUAUUUUUUGUUGGUGAGUUUCUCUUGUUUAAAAAAAUAAUUUUAUCAAAGAUAAAAUCGAACUUUAGCCUUUGU